AUGUCUGUCCGGCUGGUUCUACUCCUGGGGGCUGUGCUAUGUCUCCACACCUUCUGUAGUUUUACGGACACCAAAGAUCAGAAGAAAAUUUUCCCCGGGGAUUUCGCUACAGUAGCCUUCAGAAGCAAUGAAUUCAGCAUCAGAAUCUUCAAGAUUUUGGCUACCCAGAAUCCCGGGUCCAACAUCAUCAUCUCCCCGAUCAGCAUCUCCAUGGCCCUGGCCUUCUUGGCACUAGGGGCAAGAAGCAACAGUAAGACCGAGAUCCUACAGAGCCUCAAGUUCAACCUCACCACAAUAUCUGAGGACAAGAUCCUCCAGGUCUUCCAGCUGAUGGGGAACAUCCUGCGCAUGCCCAAGAACAACCUGAAGGAGGACUUGAGCACCGCCUUGUUCGUGGACCAGCAGCUAGCGCUGAACAACGAUUUCCAGCAAAAAGCCCAGGAACUGUACGGUGCCAAUAUCACCUUUGCACAGUUUGAGGAUUUCCUCUCCACCGUGAAGCUUAUCAAUCAUUAUGUGAAGCAGAAAACCCACGGGAAAAUCGAGAACAUGGUCAAGGGCCUGGAUAUAGAUACCAAGAUGGUCUUGGUGAACUAUCUCCUCUUCAAAGCCAAGUGGAAAAUGCCCUUUAACCCUGGUUACACCUUCAAUUCAACUUUCUACUUGAGCACGAAAAAGUGGGUGAAUAUAACCUCGAUGAGAUUUGAGAACACGAAUUUACUCUACUAUUGGGAUAAUAAGUACAGUCUCCAUGUUGUGCUGCUCCCAUACAUGAGUGACCGCGCCAGCAUGUUGCUCCUCCUCCCUAACAAUGGCGCCAUGCCCAAGGUGGAGGCUGAACUGAACAUGGAUCUGAUCUAUUACUGGAGGAACACGGUGAACUUCAGAACGGUGCACCUGUACUUGCCCAAGUUCUCCAUCUCCGGGCACUACAACCUGGAGGAAAUCCUGCCCACGCUGGGCAUCAAGAAGAUCUUCUGGCAAGUGGAAGAUUUCUCAGACCUCACCACUAACAAGAUGCAGGUGGUCCACAAGGCCAUAUUGAAUGUGGCUGAGGAAGGCACUGAAGAAUUGACUUACCGAGGAGGAUCCAAGAUUCUUCCUCCAAAUCGAUCAAGGAGUCUGGAUUUCUGCAGGACCUUCAUGGUGGUCGUCUUCUCUGAGGACACACAGAACAUCCUCUUAUUGGCCAAAGUGGAAAACCCCAAUCAGGCCUGA